UUAUUUUUGAAAUAAUAAUAAAAUUACAUCACCCCUGCUUUCUCCCUCCAAACCUUCCCAUAUAGCCCUUCUUGUUCUCUUAUCUGUGCUCUCUUCUUGGUAAAUAGGACUCCUUAUCCAAGAGGACAAGAGAACAUAGGUAGGACUUGCCAUCAGAGAACCUAGUUCUACCCACUCUCUCUGCCCUGUGGUGUGGAGGAGUCCUGUGUCCUGCUUGCCUGCCCUGACGGAAGGAUUUCCAUAUUUGGACCCUUUGGGCUACCUGUUUGGCUGUGUCCCUGGGGGCUAGAAGUGUUGAACGUCUAGUUCCGGGACAGAAAGCUCAGUGUGUUCAGGGCCUCAACCAGCCCCGGGAGGGGGCUGUCUAAAUCUCAGAAGCUGAAAAGCCCCGAGAACACUGAAUCUUGGUGUUUUUCAAGGGAGGGAAGCCUUGGGGACAGACCUCCUGGACUUACCUGGAAAUUUCAAAUCAUGGGCAUGGAAUUGGAGAACAGAAAGGCUUAGCCUAAGAAUCUGGCCUGUCAGAGAAGGACCUAUAGGGUACUCGGAGGAGCCUGUCGAGGAGGGGCCUGAGUUGGGUAGAGUGGGGCGGUAGAGCCCUGGGAGACCCGCCUCUUGAAUACAUCUCCUGUGCCUCAGCACUCAGGACAGUGUGCACAUCUGGGCAGCUGGUGGGAGCAUGAACAGCUCACAGAUGGGAGCUGCGGCCAAGGCUGCCUGGCUGAGCUGCUGUAACCAGUCUGGGUUGCCACUCCAGCCCCCGGAGGGGCCACCACUGGUGCAGGCUGUAGUCCUGGGCGUGUUGUCACUGCUGGUGCUCUGCGGGAUCCUGUUCCUGGGUGGUGGACUCCUCCUCCGAGCGCAGGGCCUGAUAGCACCACCGACUAGGGAAAGGCAUGUCCCUGAGGCCGAGCCUGGUGCCUGUGGAGGGGAUGACUCCUAGGUGUCAGCCUGUCUUGAGAGGCUCAGCCCCUUCUGUGCCCUCCAGAGCCCAUUUCUGUGGAACACAAUGGAAGGUCCAUCCCACAAACUCCUGUCUCCUGCACAGGU